UCGGACACAGUCAAAGUCUUUGAUUCGACUUGCGAGUUUCUCCUGUUGCACUUAGCAUGUUCCGCUCACUUUGUCAGCUGUUCCAGAGCUUUUUCAAUAGCGUUUCUCUUCAAAAGUGCGGACUUUAUCGCUGCUUUCACAUAGUUUCUAUGUAGUCUAUGAAAUUCCGCGGCUUAAACAGUUUGGGAUAUCAUUUUUUAUUUCGUAAUCGGCAAUACCCUUCGCAUUGGAUAACUCUGCUAAAAUUAGCCUGCAGGAAGCACAGCCGAGCUGCGACAUAAGAAGCUGGCAUCUGAGAAUGCCACAAUCGCUGGUGCCAUCCGCCGUUCGCGGCAUGUCUUGGCAUACACUCGCCGAGAAUCCACAACAACCAGAUUUACCAGCUGGUGAUCUUUGCCAAAGGACUGAAAGGAGUUCUCUUCAGUCUUUCCGUACUGAGUUAUCCGCAAAUUCAAUCGAUCGUGCCGAGCAGACUUUGGAGGCCCUGGCGCGACAGCGCAUUGGCACUGCCGCAUCCAAAGACACGCUUGAGGCCGAGCAGAUCGUUCCUGGUGAGGAGAAUUUGACUGACCAUCAUGCGACGGUAGUGGACAGUGACGCAUCGUCGCAGGAAACGGAAGGGAUUGCAACGGGAUCGUCGGAUGCCAGUCGUGCGGAGAUGGAAUUCUCAUGGGAACUUUGCUUAGAAGAGCUCAAUGCCCACCCAGUCCCUCCCGAGGCUUUCCAGCAUGUUGCGGACAGUCUCAUUAACGGCUUACAUGAAGGGCAAUGUUUAGAGUAUGUCUAUUCAGGUGAAGGUACAAAGAAAGCGGUGUGGUACGUGGAGCUUAUCUAUGCCCACGAUUCCUACGUGUUUGUACGAUAUCUCGGACUGGAAGAGCAGCCUCAAGAAGCAUUCUGGUUAGAUUUGACUACUGCCGAUGUAUCCGCAUGUGUGAGUGCAUUUGACAGGAACCUACACCGUCCACCUAAAAUUGUGAUGAAAUAUCAAAGUUACCUGGGAAAAGUGGUUGAGAGAUCCAAAAAAGGUCUGCCGACACCCGAUGCCCAAGCACUGAUGCAUCGCGGCCGUGCGCUGAAGGAUCGCAUUGAAGUGGGCCAUUUGGUGGAAAUAACGGAUCAGCAGUGUGGUAUGACAGUGUGGCCGGCGGUUGUCAAGAAGAACAUUGGUGGUCGACUGCAGUUAGAGUACUGGAAGGGAACGGAAGAGGAUGUUGUCUGGGUAUUUUGCACGGAACAUCGUUUACGACCAUUCCGGUUCGGAAUGCAGAAUGGAUACAAAUACAGUCCCCCCAGUGGUGUGACAGUGGACGAAACGGGAGUAACGGAGACAGUUAAUUUUGUACAAGAGUUUGACUCCAAGUCGUCCAAAUUCGUCCCUGUUCCUGCAAACGUGUUCUCGAAAUUUGAAUUACCGGUUGCUCAGUUCGCCAAAGGCGAUCAUGUUGAAGUGAUCCACCCUCACCUGCGCCAUCAGAUCUCACCCGCUGUCGUCACCGAAGUGUUCCCGAAUCAGACCGUUGCUGUAGAAAUUUUGGAUUUUCGCGGCGAAGACAAAAAAGAAAAGAUUGUCCAAGUUUAUGACAACGAUAGCUUAGAACUACUUCCCAUUCACUGGUGCAAAAAGAACGGAAUUAAACUUAGCCGCCCUCCAGGUUGGGAUCCGCCGACUGACAAAGAAAGACGAGAAAAGGAUAAAAAAGAGAAGGAAAAGAAAGAAAAGCCAGAGUUUUCCUGGCAAAAGAUUGUUGAUGAAUAUGGGGGUGCAAUGGCGUCGCAGAAAUGCUUCAGUCAUUUGAAUAACGUCGAUAAUCGCGGGUUCUCUCGCGGAAUGAAACUCGAAAUGAGCAAUCCUACUGAUCCGGAGGAAAUUUGCAUGGCGACCAUUCUCAAAGUGUUUCCUCCGCUGUUGUGGAUCCGAAUUGAUAGUUACGGUCAAAGUGCAUCAUACAUUGUCACCUUCACCUCGACGGAGAUCUUUCCGGCGGGAUUUUGUGGUAGCAAUAACUACAGUUUGAAACUGCCGCGCUUUAUGGUACACGGCCAGCGUAUGGCCGCCAUCCGCUCACGAUCUCAGGGCUCCGUUUCACCCGGGAAGUCUCCGCGUUCACCAAGGGAAGGCAAUGAAUCCCCGGGGAAGUCGAAGAACGGCGAGCUCAUUACGCUGCACGUGAAUCCCAAGUGCAACUGUGGCCCGUUGAUGUCGCCGAAGAAAGUGAUUAGUCUGCCCAAGAGUAUGGGACCGGGACCAGUGCAACUGGUGUUGCAGUGUCUCAUUACGUCGCUGAUUAGUUGUGGUACGCGGCCAACCAAGCUGCUGCAGCUGAUCGGAGCGUCUGGAGAGAGUCCGCGGUCUGCCAAUUGGGAACGAGUCCGAAUUAAGGCUAAAUUGGCUGGACGCCGCCAGAUGCUGCUGGUGGAUGUCGUAAAAAAUGCGUCGCAAGUUCCGGACUUCCUCCGGAACAUCUGUAUCUUAUGUGAAGCUUGCCCCAAUUUGAUUACAACGGAGCCGUACUCGGGACGCUGUCCAGACCGUUGCUACCUGUUUAUCAAACCCGAUCUCAAGAAUCUACAAGUUAGACGGCGCAUUCCGCGCAACAACACCAAAGACUCCUUAAAUGACGAUGCCCAGUCGUCCUUGGACAACUCCAUCGAUGGCGAUGCCCUGGAUGCCGAUUUCGACGCGGAAGACCCCAAGAUGGAUGGUGAUUUGACCGUGCGGAUGACGGUGGGUCCGGGUGAUUUCGAGGAAGGCUCACAGACCGGCUUCGAUGAAGAAAUGGAUACCACCGUGGACAGCCAAGAGCCGAGUCGUGCGGCUAGUGUGGAAUCGGAGGAAGCGCCACCGCCCAAGGCUGUGAAUGCCAAAAGUUCCGAGCGCAGUAAGCGCAAGGCUAACGAAACGAAAACUGUGAACGGCGGUGACAGCAGCGCCGUACCGUUGCGGAAACGUUUCCGUCGGGGUCCGCCUUACUCCAAAGUGGAUUCCGGGUUGCGAGUGCCCAUUCCGGUGUCACGUCCUAUUGACGUCAAUGUGGUGGAGGGGCCGCCGUCGCCCUCCUCCUCGGAAGAAGAGACGCAAGAGUCGUUUGCCACAUCGCGAAGGAACAUCGCGGAACUGGUGCGCAUAAGUCUGGAGAACGGCGAUAGUGAUGUGGAUAUUGAGAAUAAUCCGGUUACGAACGGCAGACUGGUGGAUGACAGCGAAUAUUUGAUGCAUUUCUUCAAGCAUCCCCGCAAGUGGACGGUGGAAGAGACGUAUUCAUUCUUGGUGCGACAGUUGCCGCAGUCAGAAGCGCCGGAUAUUUUACGCGAAGAGAUGAUCGAUGGGGACGCUUUAUUGUUGAUGGUGGCUUCAGAUCUGCGUCACUUGCGUAUUGACAGCCGGGACGCGACGUUUGUGGCUUCGCUGAUUGAAAGAAUGUUGUUUUCGAUCAUCCUGACAAAAGGUCAACAGAUUCCAUUAUAUUCUAGCUGGAAGUAGUUUUGUACAAUUUUUUACUGAUGUUUACAUCGAAACGCGGAUGAAUCUAUGAAUUCCAUUUUUUUUGUUUAGUGAAGAAGCGAAUAUUUUUACGGUACUGAAUUUUCCUAGCCCUUGCUCGAGUUCAGAAAACAUCUGUGGUUGGUUGUACGAGUUGGUUGUCGGUUUAUAAAGCGUUGUUGGACUGGAGGUCACUUCGGUUCGCUAAACAGAAUGUACAGAAGAAA